CUGACCGAUUUUAAUCCCAACCUCCACCACAGUCUUCCAAAUAUUAUACAGAGGAGAGACCGACAUUACGGUGUCAAUUCUCUCACCAUGGCCCCCUACGUCAAGAAGCGCAAAGUCCUCGACUCGAUCGCAUCCCGUCCCCAGAAAAAGUUCCGCAAGCAGCGCGCAUACCACAGCAGCUCCGAAGAUGAUGACGACGAACCCACCGAUUUCCAAGCCGUCAGUUUGGCCGACUCCGACGCCGAGGAGGAAGCUGUGAAGCAACCCAAGAAGCAGACCCGGUCUAUCGGCGAGUCGACCAAGAAGGCUCUCCCCAAGAAGCAGCUGAAGAAAAAACAAGAGGAAAGCUCCGACGACGAAGAUAUGGAAUCCGACUCGGAUGCUGACGACUCGGAAGAAGUGGAGGACGAUGAGUUCGACGUGGGUGCAGAGUCCGAUGCCUCCAACCCCACCUCAACGGCAGGCGGUCGGGCGGUUCCUAAGCGUCAUGACCCUACUGCGUUCUCGACCUCCAUGGCCAAGAUUUUGGCAACCAAGCUCCCUUCCUCGAUGCGCGAGGACCCGGUGCUGUCUCGCAGCAGAGAUGCCGCCCAGAAGAGUACUCAAGUGGCGGAAGAGAAGCUAGAUCGCCAGGCGCGGGCUAAGAUGCGCGCGGAGAAGAAGGAGGAGUUGGAUCGUGGCCGUAUCCGCGACGUGAUGGGAUUGGAGCGUGGGCAGGCUGGCGCAGUGGCCGAGGAGGAGAAGCGGUUGCGCAAGAUCGCCCAGCGUGGUGUGGUGAAGCUGUUCAAUGCUGUCCGCGCCGCUCAGGUCCGUGGAGAGGAAGCAGCCAAGGCGGAGCGGAAGAAGGGCACAGUUGGUAUGGGCGAGCGCGAGAAGGCUGUGAACGAAGUCAGCAAGCAGGGAUUCUUGGACCUGAUUAGCGGAAAGAAGGGCAAGCCGUUGCAGAUCGAAGAGGCUUGAGUGAUGGUGAAGGAAGUUGCUUUUAACGUGUGUGUAUACCUGGCAUAUUCAUGGCGUUUUUGGGGGUUGGGACUACUCUUACGUUCCUAUUCUUUCUGUUUUGAUCAACUCUUUUUUCAUUAAAAGUGAUAUGCUCUAUUUACAAACUUUCGUGCCGCAAAAUGUUGAAUGGAGAUCGGAAAUACCCAAUGGAAACAUGUUCCCUUG